AGCCAGCAAGGGGCGUUUCAGGCGAGUGGAGUUUCUUUAAAUGCGUUGAUAACGGAGUAUCAGUUCAUUGUAUUGUAACAGCCGGAGUUAUGAAACAAGCACACCACCGGGGAGCUUUAGCUACCGUUGUUUACCUCCACUAAUUGGUGGUUGAGCUUCACUAGCUAAGCAAUAUCAUUAAACGUAAACGCAACCAUCAACACGAUCUGGCAGCAGAUGUUACUUCUAUAUUUAAGUGGAAGUAAGAUUGCCUACAGUCGGCCCUCUCCUUGAACUGGGCUCCCAUCGUUUGCUGGCUUUCCAUUGAGAUUAACGUUAGUUCGUAACGAGAUGUCAGAGUCCGGCCACAGCCAGCCCGGCAUGUACGGUCAGGGACGCAGGAGAAGGCGACGCCGGGGAGACAGAGAUGCUGGACCUCCUGGACAAAACCUGUCUGGUCCCAGUCGAGAUCGGGAAUACCAGCCGAGAGAACGAAGGGAUGGGAGCGAGGAUCCACCUGGUCCUCUCAUUCAGAAGACUCCCAUCAUUCUGGCAAAACCCCCCGGGGAAAGGGCUAAGCCAUCACAAAAUGCACCAGUCAGUGGAGCUCCGGUCCUAGAGAAGCCGAUAAUGUUAAUGAAAGCCAGAGAUGAUGGAGGGAAACCAGGGACUCCGCCAGAGGCAGCAGCCCAGUCCUCUGGUCCAGGACCUUCCAAGAUGGAGAGGGAAGGGCAGCGACCUACCCAGCCCGUGUACCAGAUCCAAAACAGAGGCAUGGGUGCUUCAGCAACAAGCAGUGCGGUGGACCCCUUGGUCGGUCAGUCCAAACUCCUUCCUCCGGAGAAGAUGAAGCACAGCAUUAAACUGGUGGAUGAUCAGAUGAAUUGGUGUGACAGUGCAAUGGAGUAUUUGAGGGACCAGACUGACAUGUUGGUGGUGGGAGUCAUUGGCCUACAAGGAACUGGGAAAUCAACGAUCAUGUCGCUGUUAUCUGCCAACACUCCUGAGGAAGAUCAAAGGAGUUAUGUAUUCAGAGCCCAGAGUCAAGAAAUCAAGGAAAGAGGAGGAAAUCAGAGCACAGGCAUUGAUUUCUUUAUCACGCAGGAGAGAGUCAUCUUCUUGGAUACACAGCCAAUGCUCAGCCCAUCAGUUUUGGAUCACCUUAUCAACAACGACCGGAAGUUGCCUCCAGAGUACAACCUCCCUCACACGUAUAUUGAGAUGCAGUCUCUUCAGAUCGCAGCCUUCCUCUUCACAGUGUGCCACGUUGUAAUUGUCGUCCAAGACUGGUUCACUGACUUGAAUCUUUACAGAUUUCUUCAGACUGCUGAGAUGUUGAAACCUUCCACUCCAUCUGCAAGUCAUGACAGCACUGGUUCGACAGGCAGUGACGAUGGAGCAGAGUACUACCCUCAUAUAGUGUUCCUGCAGAACAAGGCCAGGCGUGAGGAUUUCUGUCCGAGAAAUCUGAAGAACAUGCACAUGGUGGUGGACAAAUUAAUGGCCCAUUCGCAUCUGAAAUACAAAGGUACAUUGUCCUUGCUGGAUUGCAAUAUCUUCCCAGGCCUGGGGCACGACUACCUGACAACUGAGGUCAACAUGUUCUUGCUUCCUGUGCAGGAGAACGAUGGGGAGGAUCAUCUGAAUAAAGCAGGGCCAGGAACAUACCCACUCUUCUCUCUGCUCCCUGGCUACAGAGGACACCCUUCCUUCUCCACUAUGGUUUCUAAGCUCCGCAGCCAAAUUCUGGCCAUGCCCCGCUGUCAGCUGUCACACACAAUUCUCACUGAGAAAAACUGGUUUCACUACGCAGCUCGUAUCUGGGAUGGCGUUAAAAAGUCCUCGGCUCUCUCCGAAUACAGUCGCCUGCUCUGCUAAACGUGAUGGGGCAUGUCAGUCAUUUAUAGCAGCAAUUCAGGUCACACAAUGACAAAGGUGGAGAAAGUGGAGACGGAAUCUGCACAUGUCUGAACAAGAUGUAUUACACUUUUAUUUUGAACAUUUUAAUUGUUGCAGCUUUGCUGUGGUAAUGAUGAACACGGUUUCGGAGAUAAAAAUGGACCCUUUUGUAAAUUUUAUUUUAUUUUUUUGUUAUUUUCUUUAAAAUAUCAAUAAAAAGAAUAUGUUUCGUUUACUCAGAAAUUAA